CCAUCCAUCAGUUGUCGCAGAAGUUGCGGUCAAACAUGCGGUCAGUGUUGGAGAGCCAACGGCCCAAACACGAGGCCAACAGCGACACGGCGUUCAUGAUUGACGAGCUGUUGCCGCAGCUGUCCUUACCGGACAGGCGGUCGGCCACCGAGAGUGGUGUCAGUGUCAGCAGAGAUCUGUCGGCAGUGCUUAAGAAUCUGAAGAAAUUGGAGCAUAGCUUCGACGUUUUGAAUCUAGCGUUGGACCCAAACGCAGCGCCGCCUCGACGACAAUCCAACGCCUUCUUCGUGGUCGACGUCUGAGGAGGCGUUAAGACAAUCGCUGCCCACCAGUGCUCGCCGCCUACGGGUGCACCACUGAAUAGGCCGUCCCCCACACUCUCCUCCUAAUUAAUUUUUUGUAUAAAAUAUAGGUUUUUAACGAUUAUUAUUGUAUAGACAUUAAGAGAUGACUAUUUUUGUAUAAAUUGCGCCAAUCAUUCACCCAUUUGACAGCUUUUGCGCAACUAUUUUAUGACACAUUUAUUAUAAACACAUGUCUGAAAGGCUUUUAAAUUAUUAUUUUUGUUUUGUUUACUAUACAGACAUACAUUUUGACACAUUAUACAGAAUACUACCACA